GCACGUCCCCACCCCACGGCCAGCGCCCGGCGAUGGAGGCCGGCAAUGGCACGGAGGAGCCCCCGCUGCCCCUGGCACUGACCAGCUUCCAGGUGUCCGAGGAGUUCGGCUUCCUGCUUCCCAAUCCUCUGACAGAGCUGCCCGAGCCCUACGGCCCCUGGAUGGAGGUCGCCCACGAGCUGCCCCAGCUGAUCGCCAGCCAUCGGCUCCGCUCCCGUGUCCACCAGAUGCCCCAGCUGAGCGCCCGGCACCUCCGAGGACGAGAGGAGCUGCACUUGGCACACCUGGUGCUCAGCUUCAUCACCAUGGGCUACGUCUGGCAGGAGGGCGAGGAGGGCACCGUGCAGGUCCUGCCCCGAAACCUCGCUGUCCCCUUCUGGGAGGUCUCCGAGGCGCUGGGCCUCCCCCCCAUCCUCAGCCACGCAGACUUUGUGUUGGCCAACUGGAGGAGGAAGGAGCCCAGCGGGCCUCUGGAAAUCGAGAACCUGGACACCAUCGUGGCACUGCCCGGGGGAGAGAGCCUGCGGGGCUUCAUCCUCGUCACCCUCCUGGUUGAGAAGGCGGCUGUGCCUGGCAUUAAGGCAAUCGUCAGGGCCCUUCAUGCCAUCCUGAAGCACGAUGAGGAGACCCUGCAGAGAGCCCUGGAGGAGCUGGCAGGGGCCAUCGAGGCCAUGGGCAAGGCGCUGAGGCGGAUGCAUGACCACGUGGAUCCCGCAGUGUUCUACGCUGUGAUCCGCAUCUUUCUCUCUGGCUGGAAGGACAAUCCUGCCAUGCCGGAUGGGCUCGUCUAUGAGGGGGUGUCCGAGGAGCCCCUGGCCUACUCGGGGGGCAGCGCAGCACAGAGCACGGUCCUGCACGCCUUCGAUGAGCUCCUGGGCAUCCACCACCGCCAGGACACCGCCGCCUUCCUGCACAGGAUGAGGAACUACAUGCCCCCGCCCCACAGAGCCUUUGUGGAGGAGAUCCAGCGUGCCCCAUCGCUGAGGCAGCACGUGCUCUCCUCCAGGGACAGGCAGCUCUGUGCAGCGUUCAACCGGUGUGUGUCUGCCCUGACAGACUUCAGGUCCUGCCACAUCGCCAUCGUCACCAAGUACAUCUCCGUGGCGGCCACCAAAGCCAAGGCUGAGCGGGCAGAGCCGGGUGCCAGGGUUGGGCCUGCCCUGGGGAAGCCCCCGACGGCACUGGAGGCCAAAGGCACCGGUGGGUCCCACAUCUUCAGCUUCCUCAAGAGCAUCAGGGACACCACCAGGGAGGGCAUGAUAAGUGUCUGACGUGCCCCGAGGGUCGGGGCACUGCCCACAGUGGGUGCAGGAGGCCGGGCAGCUCCCGUGUCUGCCUGCAGUGCACGAGCCAAGGUCCAAAACCUCCCCUCGGCAGCAUCAUUCCCACCUGCCUGGGACACGAGGAACGUGCUCUGGGCUGUCGAGGGAGAACAGUGCUGCUGUUCCCCCCCAGAAGGCACGCAGUGAGCUCAGCAUCCUCCCAGGGCCCGGGGAUGGGCACAGUGUCCUCCCGUGGCACGGGGAUCAGCACAUCGUCCCAAGGCACCACCAGAGUGGGUGCAGCGUCCUCCCACGGCACGGGCAAGAGCUGUGUCCCUCCCAGCCCCGCUCGCUGCCCGCAGCACCCCGCGGGUCGGGGCUGCAGAGGGGCUGGACGCGGGUGGGUUACACGGACGAAUAAAGCAGCGAGUCCCGAUCCUGCCGC